CUGUCUGUAUAGAACAGGGAUGGAUUGUUUGUGCACAGAGAGAACCAGGACUUAUCAAACAAAAUGUCAGAGUGAAUCACAUUAAGAGACCUCGCCGUGCAGGGUGUGGACCCGUCUCACUCUCUGCCCGUAUGGCUGAAUAAGUGUCCAGGCUGUGGGGCACUAGACUGGAUCCAGACUCCCUGUUCAUGGUGGGGAAUCAUGAGAAGACGGAGAGUGGUGGUUCAGUCCAGUCUGGUACAGAGAUGCUGGAUAGCUAUGACCGAAGCUGCAUCCAGUUUCAGUUUCUGCAGGACUGUACUGGAUCACACCGUCUCAGCUGAGGAACUAAACUACCAGCUUCCCCGCAGGGCCGGGGGCAACCUGACCUGGCACGACAGCCGUGGCCAGCGGGGAGCAGCAGGCAGGACAGUCAAACUACUGCAGCAGCCUGGGACUGAAGGAUUACAGCUGGGUCCAGGCGAAGCCUUCACUGUGUAUCACACCAGUCCCACGCUGUCCAGUCUAUCUAAACCAGUGGUACUGUGGACCCAACAGGACGUGUGCAAGUGGCUGAAAAAACACUGUCCACACAACUACUUGACUUAUGUGGAAGCCUUCUCCCAUCACGCCAUCACAGGUCGAGCGUUACUCCGUCUGAAUGGGGAGAAGCUGGAGCGGAUGGGUAUCGUGCAGGAGACUCUGAGGCAGGAGGUGCUGCAGCAGGUGCUUCAGCUUCAGGUCCAAGAGGAGGUGCGCAACCUGCAACUCCUCAGCAGAGCGUCCUUUGGAAACCUGUCUUAGCUCCUCCACCUGUUUGGCAGCUCCUCUCUUCCACGACACAAUGGAUCUCUGCUCCAGGAGGACCUGCAGUGAGCCUGAUACUGUGAGAGAAAGGAGAACCAUCGCUGGGCUGGAGCAGGAGCAGGAGCAGACUCCCCCGCUCCCCACCACCAGAGCCGAAGAGCCCAUCUCAAAUGCCAAGCUGCUGGAUCUAAUGACAAUCACAGUGAGGGACGGAGGGAGAGGGAGAGAGACAGAGACGGAGAGAGAAAGAGAGAGAGAGACAAUGCUGCCCCAACGCGCUGGACUCAUAUUGUAAUAUAGAGAUAAAAUAAAAGAUUUAAUAUACCACCACAACAACAUCACUCAGAGCUUCAUCGGAGGAAAAGCAACAAUCAGGAUUUAAAUUCAGUUUUUGCUUUCAGUUGGGUGGUUUGGGGACAUUUUGCCGAAUUUUUUUUUUUUUUUUUUUUGCUGUGGAGACUCUCCAUCUGACUGGAUUAAUGAUUUGCCUCUGGGUUUUUGACAGCCCUGUGUUUCACUUCCCCUCCCUCUGAACCUGAGGUCCUAUUCUAGCAGGCUGACUGCAAAACACAGAAGAUGACAAGAUUCUCAAAAACUCAGCUCUCUAGAUUUCAGAAGUAUUAUAUCUCUGAAAAAACAACAACAAAAAAAAGAGUUGGUUUUGUCUGCUUUUGACACACAACAUCCUUCUCUGUUUGCAUAAAGCAAAUAGUAUAGAAAUUCAAAUAUAAAAAAAUAUUUUGCGAAAUAUGAGCGUGUAUUAUUAAUCUAGUAAUACAGUUUCGGUCUGAUUCUUUUAAGCAAACAGUCAAAGGCAGGUUUAUUGAACUCAGUAGUCUGUUGAGUUUCAUUACUGUCAAUCUCUAAAAAUAGACUGGAUGGUUAAGGGGUGCACAUCUGUGUCCCAGGUUGAAAUGUACAAAAUAACAGAAGUUGGGUGAAAAAAGAAGCAGGGCUCCAGUCCUCCAGAUCUGAAAUUGCGCAUGUGAUCUGAGGUCAGUGUAUGUGGGCGAUAAGGAUUAGAUUCACUAGACACUUGAAUGUCAGUAUCACUGGACAAACAAUACACAUUAACCAACUGCAUACUUUUCAUUGCGGGAUAUUAAGAACAGUGCUUAUAUAUAGACAUGUAGUUGGGCAGUACCAGAGUAUUUUAGACAUUGUAUUUUUCAAAGUCUCACUGUGAACUUAUAACUUGUAUCAAUCCAGAUGUACUCUUUGGGGGAAAAAGGUCUAUAAAUAGUCAAAAUAUAUGAAAAUAUUGAGAAAUAUAGAGUGUAGAUAUGGGAAUGAUGAAUUGAUGUGUCUCUACUCCUUCAUUAUUUCAGAAAAUGUCACAGAUGAUACAGUGUUAAGUGACAUCCUGAAUUUCUGAAAUAUUUUCUGCCUUUGUCAAAGCAAUAAUGACAACAAACACAAAAAUCAGGCAGCAAUCGGUACUUCCAUUUUUCUGUUCCAUUUUCUCUUAACCAUUAUCACACGCAGUCCGUAUAAUCACUGAGAAUAGCCUUCAGUAACUAAAUUGUUUGAUGGUCAGUUAGAAAUGAGAUUUCAUGAUUUCCCUCACAUUGCUUAGUCAUGUGCUAGGCACUGUCAUUAUCUGAUCAGCUCGCCAUGAGGCCCAGAAUCUCAUGUCGUAAAUCUGGUUGUUUAUUAUUCGUAUUGAAGCGUAAAUGCCUCAGGCCAAGCUCUUCAAAAAAAAAAAAAAGGCUCACGUCACUGCAAAGGCCUCUCUUAAAAAACAGCUCAUUCUCACACUGUUACACAGCUACAGCUACAAUAGAAGAACUGAUGGGACUCGCUGGGGACACAACAAUGCCAAAACAGAUUUUUACUACCAAACAUUACAGCUAUUGAAAGACCAUUAGAGGAAAAGAGACCUAGUUACCGAUCCAAGACGCAAAGUCAGCUGAAUGCAUUCAAAGCAUUUGUCUGCCACUGACAUGACUGAUAAUUCUACAUUAGUGAAGAGGUGGGAGGGAUCUUUUGGAUGGAUCUAUGAUUGGACCGUGUGGACUGAUUGCUUAGGCACUCAUUGGCCCCUCAUGCUGUCUCCUCUCUGACACAGUAGUAUUGUUCAGACGUGUGUGUUAAAACAGAUUUUAAAAAAAUGUAAAAGUCGUUACCAGCUCAACAAACUUUAAUAAGAACUACAUGGGAUGGCAGUGCCAAAUGUGGGUAUGGUUCUUUUUUUUUUAAUAAAAUUAUCUUUUAGCUCG